AUGGCUUCCACCACCACCGCCGCUAGAGUAGUCCCCGCCGUCAUUGUCGGCGGCGGAAGAGUUGGAAAGGCUUUACAAGACAUGGGAGAAGGCCAAGACGUUCUUGUGAAACGUGGAGAUUCAAUUCCUCUUGAUUUUGGAGGUCCUAUUUUGGUUUGUACUAGAAAUGACGAUCUUGAUUAUGUUCUUCAAAACACUCCUCUUUCCAGAUGGAAUGAUUUGGUGUUUUUCCAGAAUGGAAUGUUGGAACCAUGGCUUGAGAGUAAAGGUUUGAAGGAAGGGAACCAAGUGUUGGCAUAUUUUGCAGUGUCGAAACUUGGAGAGUCUCCUAUUGAUGGUAAGACUGAUACCAAUCCUGAAGGAUUGACAGCUGCUUAUGGCAAGUGGUCUUUGGCCGUUUCUGAAAGAUUGCUAGCCGGAGGCCUCUCUUGUAAGGUUCUGGAGAAGGAAGCAUUUCAAAAGCAGAUGUUAGAAAAGCUCAUAUGGAUUUGUUCUGUCAUGCUUGUUGGAGCACGUCACGGAGGGGUUUCUGUUGGUAUUGUAGAAAAGGAGUUCCGUUCUGAAUUAUGUAGCCUGAUAGCAGAACUAGCAUCAGCAGCAGCAAGUGAAAAGGGGUUAACAUUUGAAGAAGCCAUGGGAGAUCGAUUGUGUGCGUAUUCCCGAGCUGUUGCUCAUUUUCCUACAGCAGUGAAGGAGUUCAAAUGGAGGAAUGGUUGGUUUUAUUCUCUUUCUGAGAAAGCUACUUCCCAAGGCAAGCAGGAUCCAUGUCCUCUACAUACUCAAUGGCUCAGAGAAUUGAAAGUUGUAUAA